UUCCUGUGCUCCCUCCGCCCCCUUCCCUCGCCUUCUGCUGACGCUGACGUCGGAUGAGGGAGCAGGAGGAACGCUCCGUUCGCGGCCGGGAGGCUCCCGGGGGCCGGGGCUCCGAGAAGAAAAAUGACUACCAAACAGUUGACAAGGGAUCGAUUGUAGGACACAUCCCAGCUUCAGGAAGGUUGCAGUGUGAACACAUCUGCAGCUGGGAUUCAGCGACAUGUGGUGCCAUGAAGCUGGUGUUUGGGAAUGAGUGAUCUUACUAUGGGAUGAUUCAGACAUACCCCUCCCCGCACCUACAUAUACUUAGAAAAAAGAAGAAGGAGGAACCAUGUCAGGACACAAAUGCAGUUAUCCCUGGGACUUACACAAUCGAUAUCCCCAAGACAAGUCAGUUGUAAAUAAGAUGCAGCAGAAGUAUUGGGAAACGAAGCAAGCCUUUAUUAAAGCCACGGGGAAGAAAGAAGAUGAGCAUGUCGUUGCCUCCGAUGCAGACCUGGACGCCAAGCUAGAGCUGUUUCACUCAAUUCAGAGAACCUGUCUGGACUUGUCUAAAGCAAUUGUACUCUAUCAAAAGAGAAUAUGUUUCUUGUCUCAAGAAGAAAACGAACUGGGAAAGUUUCUCCGGUCCCAAGGCUUCCAAGAUAAAACCAGAGCGGGAAAAAUGAUGCAAGCGACAGGAAAGGCCCUCUGCUUUUCUUCCCAGCAAAGGUUGGCUUUGAGAAACCCUCUGUGCCGCUUUCACCAAGAAGUGGAGACUUUCCGGCAUAGGGCCAUCUCCGACACUUGGCUGACGGUGAAUCGCAUGGAACAGUGCCGGACUGAAUACAGAGGGGCGUUACUGUGGAUGAAGGACGUGUCCCAGGAGCUUGAUCCAGACCUCUGCAAGCAAAUGGAGAAGUUCAGGAAGAUGAAGAGGAAAGUGAGGACAGAGGUCAGUGGAUCUGAAGCGUCUGUAAGAAUGCAGGCCUGGCUAUCAGCUGUUACACUGGGAGCUCCUGAGAAAGUGCAAACACAAGUUCGCCUUGCCAAAAAAAGCUUUGACAAAUUGAAGAUGGAUGUGUGUCAAAAAGUGGAUCUUCUUGGAGCGAGCAGAUGCAAUCUCUUGUCUCAUAUGCUAGCAACAUACCAGACCACUCUGCUUCAUUUUUGGGAGAAAACUUCUCACACUAUGGCAGCCAUCCAUGAGAGCUUCAGGGGUUAUCAGCCAUAUGAAUUUACCACGUUAAAGAGCUUACAAGACCCUAUGAGGAAGCUGGUGGAGAAAGAAGAAAAGAAGAGGAUCGCCCAGCAGGAAAGUGCAGAGGCCGUGGCGGAGGAGCCAAGUCAGUUAAUUUCACUAGAGGAUGAAAACCAGCACAAGGAAUCCUCUAGUUUUAAGACCGAAGAUAGAAAAAGUGUUUUAUCUGCCUUAGACAAAAGCUCUACACAUAAUGCAUGCUCAGAUGAACUUUUAGACAUGAAACCCGAGGAAGGUGCUUGCCUGGGCCCAAUGGCAGGGACCCCAGAACCUGAAGGUGCUGACAAAGAUGACCUGCUGCUGUUGAGUGAAAUCUUCAACGCUUCCUCCCUGGAAGAGGGCGAGUUCAGCAAAGAGUGGGCUGCCGUGUUUGGAGACGGUCGGCUGAAGGAGCCAAUGCCCACUGCGGCCCCAGGAGAGCCGGACCCCAGGCCCCAGGCAGGCUCAGGAUUCCUUCCUUCACAGCUUCUAGAUCAAAACAUAAAAGACUUACAGGCCUCGCUGGAAGGCUGGUCAGAGAGCAGUGUCAGUCCUUCUUCUCCUCCAUGGCCAGUACCCAAGGCAAGCAGUCCAAAUGUCAACUACCCUGCAGUGAAAGAGCCUGCCAAGGCCUCCUCGGACCUGACUGCCUGGUUCAGCCUUUUUGCUGAUCUCGACCCACUAUCAAAUCCUGAUGCUGUUGGGAAAACCGAUAAAGAACAUGAAUUGCUCAAUGCAUGAGUCUGCUGCCUCCGUCUGGGAGGGAGCCCACAAGUGUCUCCAGAUCAACACACCGGGGGGCUCGUGGAUGUAGGAAGUGAUCAGUAUGCUGUUUUAAUAUUUACGUGCCAUUUUAAUAAAAUGAAAGGGUCAAAGGCCCUGUUUAUAUUAGAA